CUUCUACCGUCGUUACUGUAGAACGGAACUGUGAUAUGGAGGGAGAUUAUUGGGUCAAAGUUGUUCUGUAAUGUUUACAAGUAGAAAUUCGUUUUUCUGCAUUCGAUCGCUGAAUAUAUUAUCAAGCGAAUUCUGGCCAGUGCACUGAUAAAGGGUUUGGGCAAAGUGAUAUCAUGGAUCGAAUAUUAAAAGGUAUCAUGAGGUAUCGCACGCUCGACAAAAAGCGCAUGGUAGAGCAGUUUAAACAAGUCAAGGACAAUCCCACGCCAAAAGCAGUAUUUUUCACUUGCAUGGACAGUAGGAUGAUUCCAACAAGAUUUACGGAGACUAACGUAGGCGAUAUGUUCGUUGUUCGUAACGCUGGUAAUAUCAUUCCACAUUCUCAACAUUUCCUGGACGAGUUAACUACAAAUGAGCCCGCCGCUUUGGAAUUAGGCUGUGUUGUUAACGACAUUCGACAUAUUAUUGUUUGCGGCCACAGCGACUGCAAAGCAAUGAACUUAUUAUACAAAUUACAAGAUAGUGAAUUUGCCUCUCAGAAUAAUCGAAGAAUUUCACCCUUGCGUUCCUGGCUCUGUACGCACGCAAUGUCAAGUUUGGACAAAUAUAAACAAUUCGAACUCUCCGACUUUACAAAACCAAUGCUGUUCCAAGCCGAAACGCCUUUGAGAAAGUUUGUUGCUUACAUCGAUCCAGAAAACAAAUUUGCUCUAGAGGACAAACUAUCACAGAUUAAUACCCUACAACAGUUACAAAACAUUGCAAGUUAUGGUUUUCUGAAAAAACGUUUGGAACAAUUUGAGUUGCACAUUCACGCACUAUGGUUUGAUAUUUAUACAGGGGAAAUUUAUUACUUUAGUCGUGGAAGAAAACAAUUUGUGAUAAUAGAUGAGAAUAAUAUUGAUAAAUUGUUGAAGGAAGUAACCAGAUAUUAUUCAUAGGCACUAAAGCUUUAUGAAGUUGCCUAAGUUAUGAACCAAAUAUAAUACAUAAAUGUAUUUAAUAAUUACUGUAUGAUAUUUUAUAGAAUAUGUUAUGAAACAUGUAAGUGGCAUUUAAAAUGCCAAUUUACUGGUGAUCUGUGAUGAUGUACUAUAGAAAAUAAAGUAUAGAUUUUUUAAAAUAUAUAA